GAGCCGAGAGAAGGGGAGGGUGGGGGGUAGACCCGGUGCGCCGCGUUUCUCCUCGCCUUGUUUUUGCCUCCAGUCCGGCUGCUGCUGUUCCGACCGUCUGCGCGGCGUGUGGAUGAGAGGCGCGGAGGGCAGAACCCGGGAGCGCACCGCGCACGAGAUGGCUGGGUGAACAAAAACGAAGAGGAAGCCACGUUAAGUCCUUCUACUUUAAACUGUUAUCUGCGAACACACCCAGACGCUGUCGGAGUUUCGUUUUUUUUCUUGUAGCCAGACCAGGGCGCAUCUCGCCUCCUUGAAGUGAUCCCUUUUUUCCUCUCUCUUUCUAUGCGGUCUGCCCGUUGCGCUCUCAUCGGAAGGAGUCUGGGUGCACACACCAGAGGAGGAGAAGGAGGAGGAGGAGGAGGAGGGGGAGAAAACCGAUCAUUAGUUUUGAACAGACCCUUUCGACAUGGGAGCUAUCCGUCCGGUCCCGGGCGCAUUCAUGGCUCGAAGGAGAAGAACCUGCGUCGGGAAAACUCAUCUUCUGUCCGCCGUGAGGAAGAACGCAGCAGAGAGCCCCAGCCAUCUUUGAGUAGUUUAUGAGGGCUUAUUUUCUUUAUUUUUUUAAAUUUUAAAUAAAGAAAGAAUAAAGGGAGCUGCUCUUGGACUGAAUCGGAUCACGCUCUUCCACGCCGGGAUUCUUAUUUUGGCACGGCACUCUGAAAAGAUGAUUGGUGAUACGUUGCUGAGAACUACCGACCGCUGAAAUUCUUCAGGCCUCCCAUCCUCCUACUGCUGCGCCUUGAAGCUCUAUUAGCAACCACCAGACCUCUGAAUUGUUCGGACACAGCAACACGAUGGCCUCUGCACUGUGGAGGUGUCCGGUGUUUCGCUGCCUCCUGCUCCUUCUCGUUUGCUUUCACUGCUCACAAGGGUUCAGCCGUGCGGCCUUGCCAUUCGGGCUGGUCAGGAGAGAGCUCUCGUGUGAAGGAUAUGCAAUUGAUCUCCGCUGCCCGGGGAGCGAUGUCAUUAUGAUCGAGACGGCCAACUACGGUCGCACUGAUGACAAGAUCUGUGACGCUGACCCAUUCCAGAUGGAGAAUGUCAACUGCUACCUCCCCGAUGCCUACAAGAUUGUAUCACAAAGGUGCAACAACCGUACGCAGUGUGUGGUUGUCACUGGCUCUGAUGUCUUUCCUGAUCCAUGCCCUGGCACCUACAAGUACUUAGAGGUCCAGUAUGAGUGUGUUCCCUAUAAAGUGGAGCAAAAAGUAUUCAUUUGUCCCGGGACUCUGAAGGGCAUAGAAGCCGCCACCUUCUUGUUUGAGGCUGAACAGCAAGCAGGGUCCUGGUGCAAAGACCCACUGCAGGCUGGAGACAAAGUCUUCUUCAUGCCCUGGACGCCGUACCGCACCGACACCCUCAUCGAGUACGCCUCUUUGGAGGACUUCAAAAACAGUCGCCAGACAACCACCUAUAAACUGCCGCACCGAGUGGACGGGACAGGCUUUGUUGCUUACGACGGUGCUAUCUUUUUUAACAAGGAGCGCACUCGCAACAUUGUCAAGUUUGACCUUCGCACGCGCAUCAAAAGCGGCGAGGCCAUUGUAAACAACGCCAACUAUCACGACACCUCGCCGUACCGCUGGGGUGGCAAAACGGACAUUGACCUUUCGGUUGACGAGAGGGGGUUGUGGGUUAUCUAUGCCACGGAGCAGAACAACGGACGCAUCGUGGUGAGCCAGCUGAACCCCUACACCCUCCGCUUCGAGGGCACCUGGGAAACGGCGUACGACAAGCGCUCGGCCUCCAACGCCUUCAUGGUGUGCGGCGUGCUGCACGUAGUCCGCUCAACCUACGAGGAGAACGAGAGCGAGGCCAGCCGCAGCCAAAUCGAUUACAUCUACAACACCAAGCUGAACCAGGGCGAAUACACUGACAUUCUCUUCCCCAACCAGUACCAGUACAUCACCGCUGUGGAUUACAACCCCAGAGACAACCAGCUGUACGUGUGGAAUAACUUUUACAUCCUGCGCUACGACCUGGACUUUGGGCCCCCGGAUCCCGCUGAAGUUCCAACGAUUGAGGAUGCCCCAAUCUCAUCAUCCAUACCUAAGUCUACCACGGUGUUUACCACCACCACAGUGCCCACCAUGAGGGGCCAUGGUGACACAACAAUAGCAGGGGCRGAUCCAAGAGAGGGAAGGAAUCCUUUUGAGGACAGCCACGGCUCAGUAACGGCUGAACCCACUGUCCCUGAGCUGCCGCCGACACCCAGACGCUCCUGCGAGGCCACCAGGAGGAGAGCCAUCGACUGGCCUCAGACACACACCGGAACCACUGUCGACAGACCCUGCCCCAAAGGAACCAGAGGCAUUGCCACUUUCCUCUGCACGGUGGCAGGGACAUGGUGCUCCAAAGGACCAGACCUCAGCAACUGCACUUCCCACUGGGUGACUCAGGUGGCACAAAAGAUCCGAAGUGGCGAAAAUGCAGCAAAUUUAGCCAACGAGCUGGCUCGACACACACAGGGCCCGGUGUUUGCCGGAGACAUCAGCUCCUCCGUGCGCCUGAUGGAGCAGCUCGUGGACAUCUUGGACGCUCAGCUUUUGGAGUACAGGCCGAACGAGAAGGACUCAGCUGGACGCAGCUUCAACAAGGCAAUUGUGGACACUGUCGACAACCUCCUGAGACCGGAAGCGCUGAAGUCUUGGAGAGACAUGAAUUCCACCGAGCAAACGCACGCCGCCACCAUGCUCCUGGACACCCUGGAGGAAGGCGCGUUCGUCCUGGCUGAAAACCUGAUCGAGCCGGCCAUCGUCAAAGUGCCUGCAGAGAAUAUCAUGCUUGAUGUGUACGUGCUGAGCACCGACGGUCAGGUGCAAGACUUCAGGUUUCCGCAGUCGAGCAAAGGCGGAGCGACACUUCAGCUUUCCUCCAACACGGUGAAAGUUAACAGCAAAAAUGGUGUGGCAAAGCUGGUAUUUGUGCUCUACAAACACUUGGGUCAGUUCCUCAGCACUGAAAAUGCCACACUGAGAGGAAUGGGAGACCCGAACAGGCACAACCUCUCCCUCACUGUCAAUUCCCACAUCCUGUCAGCCUCCAUCACAAAGGAGUCCAGCCGGGUGUUUGUGGCCGACCCGGUGAUCUUCACACUGGAGCACCUGGAUAAGGAGCACUAUUACAACCCCAACUGCUCCUUCUGGAAUUACUCCGAGCGAAGCAUGAUGGGCUACUGGUCCACUCAGGGCUGCAAACUGUUAGAAACUAAUAAGAGCCACACCACUUGCUCAUGCAGUCACUUGACCAACUUCGCCAUCCUCAUGGCUCAUCGGGGAAAUGUGAGGGAGGGGAGCGUGCACGAGCUUCUUCUCACCGUCAUCACCAGGAUGGGUAUUGCUGUGUCUCUGGUCUGCCUGGCCAUCAGCCUCUUCACCUUCUGCUUCUUCAGAGGCUUGCAAAGCGACCGCAACACCAUCCACAAAAACCUCUGUCUCAACCUCUUCAUUGGAGAGCUCCUUUUUCUUGUGGGCAUCAACAUGACAGAACCGAAGCUGGUGUGCUCCAUCAUUGCCGGAGUCCUCCACUUUUGCUUUCUGGCCGCCUUCACCUGGAUGUGUUUGGAGGGCGUGCAGCUCUACCUCAUGCUGGUGGAGGUCUUCGAGAGCGAGUUCUCACGCAGGAAGUACUACUACCUCGCCGGCUACCUCGUCCCCACCGUGGUCGUGGGCGUCUCAGCGGCCAUCGACUACAUGAGRUACGGCACCCAGCGGGUCUGCUGGUUGAGAGUGGAUAACCAUUUCAUCUGGAGCUUCAUUGGACCCGUGACCUUGAUAAUAGUGGUCAAUGUCAUCUUCCUGGUGGUGACGAUGUACAAGAUGGUGAAGCAUUCCACCUCCAUGAAACCUGACUCGAGCAGGCUGGGGGGUAUCAGGUCGUGGGUUCUGGGAGCAUUUGCUUUGCUUUGUCUUUCGGGACUGACAUGGUCCUUUGGCUUGUUCUUCAUCAAUGAAUCGUCCAUUGUGAUGGCAUAUCUCUUUACCAUAUUCAACACUCUGCAAGGGAUGUUCAUCUUCAUCUUCCACUGCCUGCUUCAGAAAAAAGUCCGGAAAGAGUACAGCAAAUGUUUCCAUCAGUCCCAGUGUUGUGGUGCACUCCCAUCUGAGAGCUCCCACAGCUCAGCCAAGGCAUCCACGUCUCGAUCCACAGCCCGCUACUCWUCUGCUACUCAGAGCCGUAUCAGGCGGAUGUGGAACGACACUGUGAGAAAGCAGUCGGAGUCCUCCUUCAUCUCAGGCGACAUAAACAGCACCUCCACACUCAACCAGGGGAUGACUGGCAACUACCUCCUAACUAACCCCCUCCUCCGAACCCACGACACUAACCCUUAUAACAACCUGCUGGCAGAAACGGUGGUGUGCAACACCCCCUCUCCACCGGCUUUUCACUCCCCAGGACAGCACUCUCUCAGCAACAGCAGGGACAUCAGCGCCAUGGACACCCUCCCGCUCAAUGGCAAUUUCAACAACAGCUACUCCCUGCGCGACGACGACUAUGAGGCCGUGGGCGUUCGGACCCCAGGUGACCUGGGGGGCCUCAAUCUGGACGACGCAGCCUUUGAGAAAAUGAUCAUCUCUGAAAUUGUCCACAACAACCUGAGGCCCCGCGGGCCUCCCAAAGUUCGCAACACCCCGAGAGAGAGGGACAGAGCCCUGCCUGCUCAGACCAGAGUGCCAGUCGACCAAGGCGGGGGUGGGAGUGGCAGCGAGGAUGACGCCAUCGUGGCCGAUCACACCGACGCCUCUUCUCCUCAGAGAGGAGGCGGAAGGGGAGGUCAAACCACUCUGGAGUUGCUCCUUCACCCCCAUCACAAGGAGGUUCUGGAGGCUCCCCUCCUGCCUCAAAGGACUCACUCUUUGCUCUACAGCGCCCAGAAGGCCCCCAGGCGCCUGGAGGGACAGAACGGCCACGGCUCCGAGGCCGUGACCACCGUGGAGGACGCGGGCUCUCAGUCCCCCAGCAACAACAGAGACUCCCUUUAUACCAGCAUGCCAAACCUGAGAGACUCGCCCUCACCUUCAGCUUCACCUUACCCGCCCGAGGACGAGGAGGAGGAAGAGCUCUCGCCCUCGCCUCGAAGCGAAAGCGAGGACGCUUACCGUAAAAGCAUGCCCGAGCUCGGCGAUGCACCGCCGCCGCCGCUGUCCUACUACCACAUAAACCGAGGCACCAGCGACGGAUGCAUCAUCCCACCCAACGACGAGGACUGCCCUCAGGAGGGGGAGGCGCCCGGCGAUGGACAAAUGCAGCUUAUCACCAGCCUCUGAGUGGGGUGUCUUUGCACAGAUUUGUAUCAGCUGGUUGCUUUUUUUCCCCCCACUGAUGUCAGAAGAGCUGGUAAGCCUGGCUCCGCACACGCCCUUCCUGUUGGGGCAGGAAGUGAAAAUGUCCUGGAUUAGUGGGGGAGGAUAAUGAAUGAAUGAAUGAAUGACUUUUGCACACAAAUCUCAUUUACACACGAACACGUCCAACUGAGGCCGGACGGAUGUGAGCUGUGGACACUGCUGUUGGGACUAAUGAGGUGCGGAGGAUAACAUGCAGUCUCAGAGAUAAGUCUGGCCUUUCUGUUGUACUGAGAGAAAAAUCAAAGAGUAAAAGAUUAAAAAAAUAAAACCUCCAGGCAAAGAACCAUGAAACUUUUGACAUAUUCCUGGGGGCUCUAUGGAACCAGGGUCUUUUUAGACAAGAAGAAGUGCAGAACUAGAACUAGUGUCGCUCCACUACACCAUCAGGACUGUAAAUUUAAGAAACCACUAAUUCAGACUCAGGCCUUAUAUUUUUCUCUAUUGCACAAUUAACUGUUGUAAAAGUAACAGCUGAAAAAAUAUAUUUUGCUGUACCACUAGUGUAAAAAUUAAAGUUAAAAAAGAAAAAAAAAAUAAAGAAACGGCAAAUAUUCAGUAGUCAUGCCCUUUCAAUGUUAAGAUUCUUCAGACAAGGUUAAUCAAACUGUUGGAAAUGUGCUUUCUCCUCUCACACUUGACUUGUUGUAGUAUGUUUGAAUAUAAAGAAAAAAGAAAAAAAAGUUUUGAGAGACAUCAGUACAUAAGAAGUCAUGCUCACGUCUCUGCUUGUGAAGUGCUUUUUGCUUUCAUGAAUGGUGAGUUUCUUUUUUUUGCCAGUAGAAUACCGUAUUUGUUAACACCAGGCCAUGCACAGACUGACAGGAGAGUGAAUUGGAUAAAUGUGUAAUUUACUUUUCUGGAAAGAAAUUGAAGACGUCGGCUCAUGUCAUCGCGAUCUUGCAGUUUCUGCAGACAUGUUUCAUUCUUUGACACUAAUUAAUUUAUUAAGUAUUCAGGAAAAAAAACAUGGUUGAGAAAGUGUGAAAAGUUUUUGCAGCACUGAUUAGGUUCAUUUUGUUUCUUUUGUAAGAGCCCAUCAUCAGCUGAUAUUUAAUUCAACUCCUGUUUGAUAUCAAAUAAAUGUGAAUUUUUUUCUUGUUCGCAGA